AACCAAUGGAUCCUGAACGUCAGCAGGUGGAGGCUUUCCCUCUGAAGGACGGCCCCCCCGGAGGACCUGCCCUGGUUCAGUACACCGCCCUCAACAUCACCAGCGAGCCCCCCAGGGACCACAUCAUCUGGUCCCUCCUCAGUUUCUUCUUCAUGCCCCCCUGCUGCCUCGGACUGGCUGCCAUCAUCUACUCCAUCAAGGCCAGAGACCGGAAGGUGGUUGGAGACAUGGACGGCGCCCGGCGCUACGGCUCCACCGCCCGCGGCAUCAACGUCGCCGCCACCGUCCUGUUCUGCAUCCUGGUUAUUUCCAUGGUCGCUCUGCUCUUCCUGCAGCCGUACGUCGCUGGAGUCAUCCUUGGAACCUUUUCACACAAGCUGAUCUGAGCGGACGUGACGUGGACGUGACGUG